UUAUUGUUUUGUCAAAUUAGGUAUGUGACAUGGAAGAGCCUCUCGAAAUUCCCAUAAUGAAUGAUCUCACCAUGGUCUUAGGUUCCAUCUCUCAGGUUCUUGGGUGGCAACAAGUUGCUGCAAAAAUUGGAAUGCAACGGUGUGCUGCGACAUCUCAGUGGUUGAAUGAAAGAAUUUCUCUCUCUAGAUAUGCCCAUGUGCCACUAGGGAAUUUUGAACUUGAUUGGCUCAUACAUACAUCAGAUGUCAUCUAAUUUUCAAGAGCACUUCGUGAUCAGCAACAGGUUUUUCUUUUCAUCAGCUGACAUCUGGUCAUGUUAUUUAUAAAGAUUUUAGGGAUUUGGAUCACUUUUUUAUGCUAGAGGGAUGUGAAGAUUGCUGAGAAUGUGUAACAGUUUUGAGAAAAUUUGAUGUUCCCUGUUUUCAAAUUGAUAUUCAAUUUAAACAUGUAAGUUAGUGUAAUGAAAAGUGUGGGUAAAAGAAAUUAUAUA